UUCAUGCAGCGCGCCGUGCGAUAUGCGCGGACAAACGAUUCCAUUUCGUCCGCCCAACUCGCAACGAUGGUGACGCUGCAGAGUGCCCUGUGGCAACGGAUGUGGGAAGAGGACGAUGGUGGGCGGCAUCGCUGCGGACCCGGACAAGUCGCGGUGCGGUCGUCUGUGCUUCUGGUUGUACGAGGCAACGGGUGGCAGUGGCGUGAGUGGCUAGAUGACUCUGUGCCGCCCCAUUGCCGACGCUUCUGGGUCCACCCACCCACAAGCACAACGCAAUGGGCAACUCCCACAGACGUCGUCGACAUGCCAGCAUCAUGGAACGCACCCGACAUUGCCAGUAUCGAUUCAAAAACGUAA